AUGGAUAUUAAAAAAUUAAUUUUAUUUAUUUUUUUAAUUAUUGGUUUAAAAUGCAGUGUUGUCCAAAGUGAAAGAAAAUGUAAAAUAUCGUUGUUGUUAUCCGGUGAUUUCAACGAUAUGGGCUACAACUUUAUGAUGAACGAUGCACGUAUCAGAACCGAAAGAAUUUUAGGUAUCGAGUCUAUAUAUUAUAAAAACUUGGAACAAUCAAUUGGUUUGGCACAAUGGGCUAUCGAAGAUUCAAUUAGACAGAACGCAAAUUUAAUUAUUAUUUCAUCAGCCAUCCAUACAUCAUUAGGCUUCGAGUAUGCAUCCAAAUAUAAAGAUUCAGACAUUUAUUGGUUUAUCAGGGGUAGAGCUAGACCAACCGAAUAUUUAGAAAAAGUUACAGUAUUCAAUUUUAAUGCAUACGUUUUACAUUAUGCCAUGGGUUAUUUCUCUGGCUUGAUGAGUAAAACCGGUGUUGUUGGUUUCGUUGCACCAGGCCCAAAUAUUUUAUCAGUAUCAAAUGAUAAUUCAUACUAUUUAGGUGCAAGAGCCGCAAAUUCAAGUAUCAAAUUUGUAAAUAUCUAUACUGGCAGUUGGUUAAACCCAGAAGUUGCAUACAAAGCUUCAGAAUUUUUAAUUUCAAAUGGUGCAGACUAUAUUGGCAUGAGUCAAGACGAUAUGAGCGUUCAACAAGCUUUAAUCGAUCAUGGCAGUAUGGGUCUUGGUGAAACCGGUUUCCCAAACAGUUUAAUUUUUGGUGCUGAUGUUGGUGUAAGCUAUAUUACCAAUUGGACCGAUGUAUUUGUAAAAUAUGCAAAUCAAGUUAAUAACGAUAGCUGGACACCAGCCGAUAGUUACUUUACUAGUUUUGCAGAUGGUGGAUCAUUGUUUAUGGAUAAAUACAGUUAUAAAGUUGAAGAUUCAAUUCAAUUAAAAGUAUCUGAAAUGAUUGAAAAGUUAAAAAACGACUCUUUCCAACCAUUCAGAUGCGAUCCAUUAUAUUUAAAUUUAGAAGUACCAAUUGAAAAUGGUAAUUGUGUAGAUGACACUUAUUUCAAAACAAGUAAGGAGUUAAUUAAAAAUGGAAAUGUACAAGAUUAUGGUGUUUAUACAAUCCCAAUCAAAUUUGUUGAUUACCCAAGUUCAUUAAAAUUAGGUGUAACAAUUGUAUCAGCUAUUUCAAUAGUAUUCUGUAUUGUAGCAAUGGGUUUGGUAAUGUUAUUCAGACAUGCUAAAAUUAUUAGAUCAGCCAGUCCUGCAUUCUGUUUAUUAAUUUUAUUAGGUUGUAUCGUUAUUUUCUGCGCUUGUAUUAUAUUUUCACAAACUCCAACUAAAGAGACUUGUCGUACCAGAGUUUGGUUAUUAUCUGUUGGCUUUACAAUCUUUUUAGGUAACUUAUUGGUAAAGAAUUGGAGAAUUUGGUUAUUAUUCGAUAAUCCAAAAUUAAAGAAGAGAACAAUUACCAAUUGGAAGCUUUACCCAUGGGUUGCAGGUAUUUUAGCAGUAGAUAUUUUAAUCUUAGGCCUAUGGACUGGUUUAGGUAAUAUCAGAUCAGAACCACGUGCUGGCAUUGACGGACUUAGCAAAUAUGAAUACAGCGAUGUUUGUACAAACGAUAAAGGCGGUGAUACAAUGUUAUACAUUUUAUUAGUAUUCCAUGGUAUCAAAUUAUUAUUGGCCUGUUUCAUCUCAUUCAAAAUCAAAGCUGUCGAUAUUGAAGAGUUUAACGAAUCAAAACCAAUUUCAACAAGUGUAUAUUUAAUUACCUUCUGUUUAUUCAUUGUUAUUCCAUUAAUGAUUUCACCACAAUCUAUUUCAUCACAAGUUGCCACAAUCUGUAUUUGCUCAAUCUUUGCCACCUUAUUAAGUAUAGCAAUUUUAUUUGGAUCAAAAUUCUACAAGAUGGCAACCAAAGGUUUAGCAUUAAACGAAACUUUCGCCACCAGCACCAAGAGUUCAAGCUUCUCAUUAUCAUUAGAAAAAGAAGAAAAAGAUGAGCAUGUUAAAGAAGAAAUUAAAAAAUCACAAGCUAGUAGUAAUAUAAAUUAUAAUAGUAGAUUAGCUCAUUUCACAUCCGAUGAAAGUGAUAUGGAUGAAAAAUCAAAACAAGAAGAACAAUCAUCACAACAACAAAAUGAUCCAAAUAAUGAGGAUUCAACACAACAACAAGAACAACCACAAAAUAAUAAUGAUGAAGAAAACAAUAAUAACAAUAAUAAUAUAGAAUCUGAAAAGGAUGUUUAA